AUGCAUACCAUCGCUGCUCGCUUUGUGGUUUUCCAUACCAGCCUCUUGGGGAACAGCGUUAGCCUACCAUUCAUAUCUUCUACGCAGCUGGGUACAGUCGUUAUACAAAUCCUCUGCGCCGAGUACGUCUUCUCUCCAGAAACCGCCGGGAUCGCAGGCAUGGACGAACAGCGCCAGCCCUCAGGCAUCAAUUUCGUCGAUAUUGGACUGGAGAUGGCACGAUCCAGAAAAGCUGGACAGUCUAAAUCUGCCCAGCUCACGACUCUCAAGGAUGUUCUACUCCAAGCCGGGAACACCCAGGCAGCAACAUUUGCCUACGAUAUAUUGAGCUUGUCACAGAGGCCGAUGGAGCAUCAAAGCCUCUUGAUGGGGCUGGUGCGUGCUUUCCUGGACCAAGAGUUGACGAAAAUCAUAAUGUCGACAGCAAAAUGCUGCUACGAAGGCUUCGAAUGGGAGGGCAAUCCUACCGGCCAAAACAGCAAACUUGCCAACAACGACGUUUACAUCGCCGGCGACAGCAGCGCAUCCGACAUCGCCAUUUUAUACAUUGCUGACAUGUUUGGAUGGACAUUUAAAAACAACAGAUUACUUGCCGACCAUAUCGCGCGCGAAGUCGGCGCAACGGUCUAUGUUCCUGAUUUUUUUGCUGGUGAAGUCAUUGACUCGGAGCUCUUGAUCAAUGAUCAGUGGGAUAAAAUUGAUAUUGCCGGAUUCGCGUACCGGAAUCGUCGAGAAGUGCGCGAACCUGAGAUAUUUGAAUGCGCAAAAGCUCUGAGGCAACAGUACAAAAGACUCGGUGCGGUAGGAUACUGUUACGGCGGAUGGGCGGCAAUUCGCCUUGGAGGAGCGGCGAAACUCGUCGAUGUGGUCAGCGUCGGACACCCGUCACUAUUGACCAAGGAGGAUAUUGAUGCACUUGCUGUUCCCGUACAGUUUCUGGCGCCGGAGAUUGAUCCGGUGUAUACGCCAGAGUUAAAGUUGCAUACGUUCCAGACUGUGCCGAAGCUGGGUGUGCCGCUGGAUUAUCAGCAUUUUCCUGGUGUGGUGCAUACCUGUCUGGUGCGUGGUGAUGAGAGAAAGCCUGGCGAAAGAGCGGCUAUGAUCAGAGGGAAGAAUGCACUUGUCGCGUGGCAGAGUCAGUUCUUGAAGGAGUGA